AUGGGCCGUCUUCAUUCCAAGGGAAAGGGUAUCUCCUCCAGCGCCAUCCCCUACUCGCGCGCUCCUCCCGCAUGGCUCAAGACCACUCCCGAGCAGGUCGUUGACCAGAUCUGCAAGCUCGCCCGUAAGGGUGCCACCCCUUCGCAGAUUGGUGUCGUCCUCCGUGACUCCCACGGUGUCGCCCAGGUCAAGGUUGUCACUGGUACGUUUCGAUUGUCGCACCUGGAGUUGGCGCAAGCAAAAAGACUAACACACGACACAGGUAACAAGAUUCUCAGAAUCCUCAAGUCCAACGGUACGGUCCACCCAGUGUGA